CUAAAACGUUGUUUACAUCGAGGAAUGUCUGCCGUUUGAAGCUAAUUAAGUGACAUCCCCACAGGCGGGUAACUAAACUACAUGACAUUUUGUUUAAUCUUGUUGUUAAUUAACAACAAAGUGAAAUAUAUAUGUGAAUUCCACGCAUGUUUGACUCUCUUCACAUAGAACGGCUACUGACAGCUGAAGGCCUGAUGGAGUGAUGCGUGAAUCCGCGAAACGAGUGGGCCGAAGCUAAUCAUAUCGACAUGCUGAUCAUGCACAGAAACUAACGAAAUUGUAGCACUUCCAUUGUUCAAAGUAUUUCAGUAAAUAAGAAAGUCCCUAUAUGUAUGAUUUAUAAGUCGGUGUGAUUGUAAUAGAAAUAACAAAACUCUACAUACUGCGUAUGCUGCAGGAAUUUGGCCGACCCCAGUCAGCUGACUAGCUAUUGCUCAGGUUUCAUAGGGGAAUAAAUCAGAAUCCAAAGAGGACAUCAUCACUUGUGUUGUCUUUGACCCAGAAAACAAGGCCUGACAGAUCAAUGAAAACUCCUAUAGGGCGACAGCACUGUAUGUGUCAUGUUUUUUGACUUGCUAUUGACGCUGAGCUAGAAUGGCUCAAAAUGAUUGCCAGAAGUCAUAUGCGGUCAGCAUUUCUUUACCGGAUGAACAGGUCUUCAGGAACCUGAAAAAUGCCAAACAUUUUGCAAUUGACAUAGGUGGUUCUCUGGCCAAGCUAGCCUAUAGCUCCACGCUACAGCGAAGGACCUCCCUGGUAUUUGAGGACUUGUGUGAGUUGGAGGGAGCUGGUAGUAUCUACCAGGUAUCUGAGGAAGAUGAGUUCACAAACCGCCUCCAUUUUGUCAAGUUUGAGACACGACUCAUUGAGACAUGUCUGGACUUCAUCCAGAGACACCUGAAGGGAUCACCCAUGAAAGACAAGGUCAUCAAGGCUACAGGGGGCGGAGCCCAUAAAUAUCGAAACCUCAUCAACUCAAAACUGGGUGUACAAAUAGACAAAGAAGAUGAAAUGCAAUGCCUCAUACAGGGAUGUAACUUUCUGCUACAAAACAUCCCGGACGAGGCAUUCUCCUAUCAUCGUCACGCAGAACCAGAGUACAAGUUCCAGGGAGUGAACCAUAAUGUCUUCCCUUACCUCCUGGUCAACAUAGGGUCAGGGGUUAGCCUGAUCAAGGUGGAUUCUGAAACAAAGUUUGAGAGGAUUGGUGGAACAUCAAAUGGAGGCGGGACAUUCUGGGGUCUGGGCUCACUGCUGACAAAAGCCAAGACCUUUGAUGAGUUGCUGGAGUUGGCAGAGAAGGGAGACCAUCGGGAGGUGGACAUGUUGGUCAAGGACAUUUAUGGUGGAGAGUACUCAAGUAUUGGCCUAACAGGAGAUGUUAUCGCUAGCAGUUUUGGCAAGGCUACACAACCACAUAAAGAUCAAGAAUCAAGCUUCAAGGAGGAAGACAUAGCUCGGUCACUCCUGUUGUCCAUCAGCAACGACAUUGGUCAAAUAGCCUGUCUCCAUGCUCGGAUGCACGGACUGACCAAGAUCUACUUCGGAGGCUAUUUUAUCCGGGGUCAUCCGUUAACCAUGCGUACUAUUACAUUUGCCAUCAACUUCUGGUCAAAGGAUGAAAUUCAACCCCUGUUCUUACGACAUGAGGGAUACCUUGGUGCCAUUGGGGCCUUUUUGAGGGGUGCAGAAGAAAGCGAUGAAUCUGGAAGCCAGUCCUAUACCUGGGGGGAGAACUAUGCCCGCAGCUCUGGUCUCAGUAGUACCCAGCAUUCCUCAGUCAACUGGAAACGCACAAGGAGCUCCACGUUUGAUAUGCUCGAACUGGACAAGGUAAAUGCUCGUGACCACUGUCCAGUGCUACUUGACCCCGACACCUACAAUCCAGACAUGGUUGACCUUACCAAGGACACCGAUGCCCGAGAGUACUGGCUUGACUGCUUCUCAAACACUGUGGAUAAGACAAAGGGCCUAGCCAUUAAGAGCCAGAUAAACUCACCUGAUGCCGAAGAAAGGGCAGAUAAGUUCAAGGCUAGCUACCUUGAACGUCUCAACGAACUUAAAGAAAAUCCAUGUGCCUAUGGAUUACUGACAGUGAGAUUUUUAUUAGACACCAGCAGCCAUCUACUUCGGGACUUCCUUUUCACAGAUCCUUACUCACAGCAAAAGCAGACUGAGAAUGAACUUGCCCUGCGGAGCCUGCCAGAUCGUCUUAACUUUCUGGACAGUAUAAGUGAAACUGACCGGGCACUUGACCUGGCCAGAGGUCUCAUGGCCGGUAAUGUGUUUGACUGGGGAGCAAAGGAAAUAGUGAAGAUAAUAGAAUCAGGACAGGACUUCGGGUUUAGUGAAGCUCUAGAUAAAGUGGAAGCUCGUCCCUGGCUGUGUGACUGCUUUGAUGCCUGGUUUGAGAGGCUGAACAAAGCUCCUCCUCAUCAGUGUGCUGUUGUGUUCUGUGAUAACAGUGGUGCUGAUAUUAUACUGGGGUUAUUCCCCUUUGUAAGAGAUCUCCUCACCAGGGGAACUAAAGUGAUAUUGUGUGCUAAUUCCCGUCCCACUCUUAAUGACGUCACCUUUAAUGAAUUAACAAUACUUGUGAAGCGAGUGUCAGAAAUCUGUCCAAUCAUCGACAAGGCCCUAAAGGAAAACCGGCUGAUGCCAAUGGAAUCAGGACAGGAAUCUCCUUGCCUUGAUCUGAGGUUGGUUGACCAGUCUCUAGUGAAGGCUAUGGUACGUGAGAAGACGGACCUCGUUGUGAUAGAGGGAAUGGGGAGGGCAGUGCAUACAAACUUUGAUGCCAGGUUCUCCUGUGAAUCACUGAAAGUUGCGAUCCUCAAAAACAAAUGGCUGGCCAAUAAAUUUGGGGGAGAAAUGUUCAGUGUGAUAUUUAAAUACGAAAAUCCUGUCAGUGGGGACAGCAGAGACAGCAGAGACCGAGAUAGCUGAUUCUGUCUUGUGUAUCUAGACACAGUUUUAAUUAGACUGGCUCAAUUACAUGGAUUGAAAAAUCAAAAAGAUGCUACUGAAGAACAGAGUUUAACUUGGAAAAUAAGUUCUUGAUAGUGUUCAUCUAGGAGUGACUGAAGGAAAGAGUUAAUCUGGCAAUGCCUCAAUCAUACAGCUAAUCUUCAAAUAACUCAAUCAUAAAGUGGAGCUGAUCCUUUGUUGGGUAUAUUUAGACACAUUUUUAGUUGGAUUAGCUCAAUUACAUCUAUUAGUCAAAGUACGACAGAUAUACUCAAGAAUAGAAUAAACCAGAAAACCUAAUAUUUGAAAGAGUUUACCUAGGGGUGAGUCAAUAGUUAGUCGGGCAGUGUCUCAAACGUAUAGUCAAUCUCGAAGCAACAUGUUGUUGAGAAAAAAUAUCAAUAUAGAAAUGUAAACUUUAUUUAUUUUAAAACAAUUAUGAAACUAGUUAUUUCAACUGAUAUUAAUUACUGUUGAUUGCCCAGAUGGUAGCGUGUGAGGGCCUCAAUAUGGUUGGUUGGGUGGCACAGUUGAUAGUGCACUUGCUUUUCACCAAUGUGGUCAGGGUUCGAUUUCCUGAUCAGACGUGAAGAGGUAUGGGGUCACCUGCCCGACCACAUGUGUUUUGUAUCGGGGUAGUACUCCAUUUUCCCCCCACAUUAAGAUCCUGCACGAUCUACUGUUGAGGGUAAUUAGAGUGACUCAGUUAUGGAAUUAAUUAUAGAGUGACUAAAUUAUCUACAUCUUGUAGAUGUGAGUAAAAUUUAGAUUUUAAUUUAGAAAUGACUUUGGAGUGACUCGAUUAUAGAGUUGAUAUAAUAGUGACCAAAUUAAUUUAUUGAGUAACAAACAGUUAUCUCAAGUGGUACAAAGUUAAUGAUAGAGUUAAUUUUCAGUUACUCAUGUCAAUUGAUGUUACCGAUAUUAUUAGAAAUUUUGCAGUUACCGGAUCAAAUUGCUACUCUAGGGAAUAGUGUUUUAGAAGCUAGUUUCACCUGUUUAUGUAGAUUAAGAGACAAAUAUUUGUAUGCAAACUAUGAUUUAUUUCUACACAUGGAUAUAUUCCUGAAUUAUUAUAGUAAUUGGACAGUUUCACCUGUUUGAUAAAGAAUUUUUGUAUAUGCAUUGAAGAAAAAGCAAUUUUUACAUAUAUUUAAACACCAUUAUUUUCUUAUGAAUGAUCACAAUGACCCCUAGUAGUGUGAGAAGUGACGAGAACUUAUUGUGACAAUAAACUUGGUUACCAUAUUUUAGAUUUAUACUUUAACCUUGAGACUGCAAGUUACAGACAAAAACCAGCUUGUGUAAAGUUUGAAGUGAUUAAGAAGACUUCAUACCCUAAGUUAUUUAGAAGCACACUUAUAGUGCUUCUGAAUUACUGAGGGUAUGGAGUACCACUUCAUUGUGUUCAUGAAUUACUGAGGGUAUGAAGUACCACUUCAUUGUGUGUUCAUGAAUUACUGAGGGAAUGAAGUACACUUCGUUGUGUGUUCAUGACUUACUGAGGGUAUGGAAUACACUUUAUUGUGUUUUCAUGAAUUACUGAGGGUAUGGAGUACCACUUUAUUGUGAUUUCAUGAAUUACUGAGGGUAUGAAG